AGCACUGUGAUCGCUGGGCUGCAGCAGAAGUGGCCGGCCGGGGAGCGGGGCCCAUCAUAAAUCCGGUACCGCAUGUAGCAGUUCUGGAGGAGCAGGAAGCCAAGUCUCUUCGAAAUUCUCCUUGUCUUCAGCCAGAUUGCGGCACUUGGAUAUAUCUGAGUCAACACUGGGCUCCUAGGUGGACUUCUUUGGGAGAGGAUCCUUAACUCCCAAACUGCAACGCGGGUGUGAAGGAACUGAGAUCCCCACAGCAUUCGAGUUCCUUCCUACUUUCGCUUUCUAGCGUGGUGAAGGCAUCGAGAGAGACCUAUUGCACGCCUGACGAAAAAGAGACACCAUUUUGGCAGAAAUUUGGAAGCAAAGCCUGGGAUUCAGCCCCUCGUCUCUGUAAUUUCUCAUUAAUUAAUUUGGCCUGAGAUCAUCACCGAAAAUGUAAACAAGCCAGAGAAUGGAUGAGGAUUGUAGAAAACCUGGAAAUGCCAGGGAGAGCUCAAAACUGUUCCAAAGUUGAUUUUCAGGAUUCAUCAGAUCAAGUUACAGUGCAGAUGAAGGUUCUCUCAUUCUGCUACAUCUCCCGAGCCAGCUCCCCUAUCCCUGGGUUCAUCAUUUUCUUCCUUACUUGUUAUGUUCACAGGAUGGAAUCAGCAAAGUUCACAGUGAUUGGACCCCCUGACCCUGUCGCUGCCAUCCUGGGUCAGGAAACUGUGUUACCCUGUCACCUGUCCCCCCGGAUGAGCGCUGCAAACAUGGAGGUGAGAUGGUUCCGAUCUGAGUAUUUAUCCUUUGUGCACCUGUACCGUGAUGGGAAGGAUCAGUAUGAAAGGCAGAUGCCAGAGUAUCGGGGAAGGACGGAGCUUUUGAAAGCUGGACUCACAGAUGGAAACGUUCCCUUGAGGAUUCUUAAGAUCAGACACUCUGAUGAAGGACAAUACCACUGCUUUGUUCAAAAUGGUACUUUUUAUGGACAAACCAUAUUGGAACUGCGGGUAGCAGGUCUGGGCUCUGCUCCUCUCAUCUCUAUGGAGGGUUACCAGGAUGGAGGGAUCCGGGUGGUUUGUCGAUCAGCUGGUUGGUACCCAGAGCCUGAGGUGCUGUGGAAAGAUUUCAAUGGGCAACGUUUACCAUCACUCUCUGAAACAAAAUCCCCAGGGGAUAACGGCCUGUUUGAAACAGAAACUGCUCUCAUUGUAACAGAACAUUCAAACCAAAACUUGUCCUGUUGCAUCAGGAACACCGUUCUCAGUCAAGAAAAGGAAUCAGCAGUUUAUAUAGCAGAUCUCUUUUUCCCGAGGGUGAAUCCUUUGAUGGCGACUUUGAGUGUGAUCCUGGUGGUUUUGUUUGGUUUCAUUGGCCUCACUGUUUAUCUCUUUAAAAUGAAAGGGAAACUUACUGAAGAAGUUGGGAAAAGAGAUACAGAAAUUGACCUACGAGAUAAAGAAAUAAGUAACCUUCACUGUCAUAUUGACCUACGAGAUAAAGAAAUAAGGUGGAGAAGAUCUGUGGCACCUAUAGAAGAAGCGAAUGUGACUCUGGAUCCAGACACGGCUCAGCCCCAACUUGUCCUGUAUGAGGAUAGGAAAAGUGUGAGAUGGGGAGACACAUGGCAGGAGCUGCCCAACAACCCUGAGAGAUUUGAUUCUAGGGCCUGUGUGCUGGGCUGUGAGGGAUUCACCUCGGGGAGACAUUGCUGGGAGGUGGAGGUGGGGGAUGGGGAACUCUGGGCUGUGGGGGUUGCCAGAGAGUCUGUGAUCAGGAAGGGAUGGAUCAGCCUUAGCCCUGAGCAGGGGAUCUGGGCUGUGGGUCAGUCCGGGGGUCAGUUCCGACCUCUCACCUCCCCUGAGGCCCCGCUGCCCCUGAGCCAGGUCCCCAGCAGGAUCCGGGUUUGUCUGGACUGUGACCGGGGGCAGGUGACAUUUAUCAAUGCUGGUGACGGGGCCACAAUCUUCACUUUCCCACCAGGCUCCAUCCCUGGGGAGAGAAUCCGACCCUGGCUCUGGUUGGGGGUGGGGGGAUCCCAGCUCAGCCUGUGUCCCUGA